ACCGACCCCACCUCACUUGGUGUCCCCCCAGGGCUGGGCUGGGCGCUGGUGUUCACCCCGUCCCUGGGCGCCGUGUCCCGCUGGUUCCCCUCCCACCGCCCCUUGGCCACGGGCCUGGCCGUGUCGGGCGCCGCCGCCUCGGGGCUGGCGCUGGGGCCGCUGGUGCCGCUGGCCCUGGAGCGGUACGGCUGGCGCGGCGCCCUCCUCCUCCUGGCCGCCGUCUCCCUCAACCUGGUGGCGGCCGCCGCGCUGCUUCGACCCCCACCUUCCAUCCCCACCGUCACCACCACCACCAAACCCACCCAUGAGGAACCCCCAGCGCUCUUGGCUCUGCUCCGGCACGGCCCUUUCCUGCGCUUCGCCGCCUCCUUCGCCCUGCUGGACGCCGGCUACUACGUGCCCUUCGUGCACGGCGCGGCGCGUGCCCACGAGCUGGGCGGCGGCCCCCGCGCGGCGGGCGCGGUGCUGGCGGCCAUGGCGGUGGCCGACGGCGCCGGGAGGCUGCUGGCGGGCUGGCUGGCGGCCCGGCCGGCCUCGGCGCCGCUGCUGUGGCACCUGCGGGGCUGGGCGGCGCUGGCGGGGGUGCUGGCGCUGAUGCUGCCGCUGGCCGGGGGUCCCGGGGGGCUGGCGGCGCUGGCGGCCGCCUACGGGGGCUGCGCCGGGGCCGUGGCGCCGCUGCAGUUCGCCGGCGCGGCGGAGGUGGCCGGGCAGGGCCGGGAGGAGCUCGGCAUCGGCCUCAUGCAGGUGGUGGAGAGCGCGGGGUCAUUGCUGGGAGCGCCCCUGGCUGGUUGGCUGCGCGACCUCACCGGCGACUUCACCGUGUCCUUCCUGACCGCCGGCGCCUUCCUCCUGGCUGGGACCCUCCUCCUCCUCACCCUCCUCCAGGGGGUCCACAACCCCACCCCCACCCCUGACAGCCCCGAGAACCCCCCCGAGCCCCCCAAAGCCGCUCUAGAACCCUCCGUGUGA